AGACGCUGCGGGACAGCCACAGGCAUCCAUCCACAGGCAUCGUGAGCCUGCUCCCUUCCAGACCUCUCCUGCUGGGCCCCUGCUGGGCACCUUGGGCACCAUCCCCAAGGUGCCGCAAGUCCAGGCUCCAUCCCUGGGAGCAAGCUCCAGGCGCACCUCUACCAGAUGGCCCAGUGAGUCCAUGGUACAGAUCUGGACACCCAACAGAAAAUCAGAAGGACACUAACGUUGAUCAUUAGAUUAACAGAGCAGUGGUUUGGACCAAGUCGGGGUGUCAUUUCUGCCAUGCACCCACCAGAACAGUUGAUCAGAUCUAGGGACAAAGCCAUCCGAGGGCUCUGCUCCCCUUAAGCUGCUGGAAUUGUGGCCAAGCCUCAACAACCACACAUUCUGGGUGCCCAGAAGGUGAGCAGACGGCGGGCGUGCCUGCCCAGCAGCAGCCCACCAUCAGACACCCUGUCUGCCUUUCUGAGAGUAACAGACUCCCAAGAUGAUUCUUCCUGCCUCGCAAAUGCCUGGCUCACCUUUCUUUGUGAAGAUGGAGCUGUCAUGUAAAACAGAUUUCUAUGACCCUUUCAGCAAGUCCUGAAAGCUGCCAAGGGAAGCCAUGGAUGCGACUACUCCAGCCCAAAAUGUUGGAGUGGAGAUCUACCUAGGUCCCGUGUGGCCAGCCCCUUCCAACAGCACCCCUCUGGCCCUCAACUUGUCCCUGGAGCAGCGGGAAGAUGCCCUGGGGAACCUCACUGGGGACCUCUCUGAGCAUCAGCAGUACGUGAUUGCCCUCUUCCUCUCUUGCCUCUACACCAUCUUCCUCUUUCCCAUUGGCUUUGUGGGCAACAUCCUCAUCCUGGUGGUGAACAUCAGCUUCCGGGAGAAGAUGACUAUCCCAGACCUGUACUUCAUCAACCUGGCAGCGGCCGACCUCAUCCUGGUAGCUGACUCCCUGAUUGAGGUGUUCAACCUGGACGAGCAGUACUACGACAUCGCGGUGCUCUGCACCUUCAUGUCCCUCUUCCUGCAGAUCAACAUGUACAGCAGCGUCUUCUUCCUCACCUGGAUGAGCUUCGACAGGUACCUGGCGCUGGCCAAGGCCAUGCGCUGUGGCCUCUUCCGCACCAAGCACCAUGCACGGCUCAGCUGUGGUCUCAUCUGGAUGGCCUCAGUGUCCGCCACACUGGUGCCCUUCACAGCUGUGCACCUGCGGCACACCGAGGAGGCCUGCUUCUGCUUUGCCGAUGUCAGGGAAGUGCAGUGGCUGGAGGUCACACUGGGCUUCAUCGUGCCCUUCGCCAUCAUUGGCCUCUGCUACUCCCUCAUCGUGCGUGCCCUCAUCCGGGCCCACAGGCACCGCGGCCUCCGCCCACGCAGGCAGAAGGCCCUGCGGAUGAUCUUUGCUGUGGUCCUCGUCUUCUUCAUCUGCUGGCUCCCCGAGAACGUCUUCAUCAGUGUCCACCUACUGCAGUGGACACAGCCGGGAGACACUCCCUGCAAGCAGUCUUUCCGACAUGCCUACCCCUUGACAGGCCACAUAGUCAACCUUGCAGCCUUCUCCAACAGCUGCCUGAAUCCUCUCAUCUACAGCUUCCUGGGAGAGACCUUCAGGGACAAGCUCAGGCUGUAUGUGGAGCAGAAGACGAGUCUACCAGCUCUGAACCGCUUCUGCCAUGCCACGCUCAAGGCCGUCAUUCCAGACAGCACGGAGCAGUCAGAGGUCAAGUUCAGCAGUGCUGUUUGAGAGGGACCUCCUAGAGGGGCACGGGGAGCAGGCUGGUGCUCAGGACCUGCACACACCUAGCACAAGUGGUGGGUAAGCGAAGCCAUGUCAGAUUCUCAAACCCCAGUGGCUCGGGGAAAACGUCACAUUGCUGGGUCAUCUCUGGGGCUACUGGGAUCCUUCCUGACUGGACCCAUCCAGCUCAUGGAUGCUGCCAUCCAGAUUCAAGGUCCCAAGGCAUCAGGCCACAUGACAUUGACCUCUAAGCUCAAAGGGCAUCAUGCAGGCCUGCUGCUUGGUUUUCUUUCCAUACCCAAUGUUCCCAGAAAACAAGUCUGUUGUUGGUAAGUGAUAGUCAGAAGGACAGGCCACAUUAUGGGAGUACCAUGUUACAUUUCUGCUACAUGCCUGCUACACAGAGGAGUCUAGAGACAGAAUAUAUGUACCGGACCCAAACUGGCUACCUUCCCUUUGCUUGUGAUGUGUAACUGACCAUGUAUACACUGUCCAGUGCAGCCAAACCUAGGGAUGCUAGAGCCUUCUUCCUGUCUUCCAGAAGGCCGCGAGGUCACCCCAGAUGCCAUUCCUAACUCCUGAGUGAACAGCGGGUCUGAGCUGAGAAAGGCCCUUUAACAAAAGCCUUCCUGCUCUGGGAUGCUCCUCUCACAAAGCUUGUUUACAAAAGUGUUUGCCCUUCUGUAAAGGUGGAAGGAGACUCUGGAUGCAGCUGUGCAGGCCAGAGGGAUGCCACUGUGAGAUGUGUGGCGGAAGGACUUGCCUCCACAGAAAAUAAUAACCAGGAACAGUGAGCUGUAAGUGGAUCUCAUUAAAAUGUAAGAAGAAAGAACUAAGGAUGGGGUGUUCAUUUGGUGUCUGUGAAUAAAGGGCAGUCCCAUGGC